CCUUCUCAAGGCCAAAGCACACAACACCAUCACAAACACUAGCUUACAGAAAGAUAGCUACUUGAGAUCGAAACACUUAGCCCUAAUGGCCUCCUCUUCCUACUUCCUUCUCGCUGCUCUCUUUGCCUUGGUCUCAUGGCAGGCCAUCGCUUCUGAUCCGAGCCCUCUUCAGGACUUCUGUGUGGCAGACAACAACUCACGUGUUUUUGUCAAUGGAGUUGUCUGCAAAGACCCAAAAGAUGUGACCGCGGAUGACUUCUUCAAGGCAGCCGAACUCGACAAGCCUAGGAUGACCAACAAGGUUGGAUCCAACGUCACCUUGAUCAAUGUGAUGCAGCUCGCUGGCCUCAACACCCUUGGCAUCUCAAUAGCGCGCAUCGACUACGCACCUUUGGGUCAGAACCCGCCACACACGCAUCCUCGUGCCACUGAGAUCCUCACAGUGCUCGAGGGGACACUCUAUGUUGGCUUUGUUACAUCCAACCCAAACAACACGCUCUUAUCCAAGGUGCUCAACAAAGGCGAUGUGUUUGUGUUUCCUGUGGGGCUCAUCCACUUCCAGUUCAACCCCAACCCACAUGUGCCGGCGGUUGCAAUUGCUGCACUUAGCAGCCAGAACCCUGGGGCUAUCACAAUUGCCAAUGCAGUGUUUGGGUCAAAGCCGCCAAUCUCAGAUGACGUUCUUGCCAAGGCGUUUCAGGUGGAGAAAAGGACAAUAGACUGGCUCCAGGCUCAGUUCUGGGAGAACAAUCACUACUAAGUAAAGCCUUGUGAAAUCUAUUGCAAGGGGCAAACGACUCGCCAUGUAUGCUAAGUUAUAUAUAGAAUAAAUGGCACUAUGUCAUGCAAGUGUGUUCUUUGAUAUUAAUUCCUGAAUGUAUUUGUACUUUCGAAUAA